AUGAAACGUCACAGUGGUGACGAUGAUUUAAGCUCAUCAGAUAUUCACGAAAGAUUGCUGGUGUCCAGUCGUGGGGUUGGUGGAAUCAUCGGUAAAGAAUCAUCGGUUAAAGUGGCUGGUGAUCACUUCCAUUGGCUUGUUCGAACAGUGGAUGAAAUAAUUGAAAACAAUGAUACAAAACAGAAAGAAUAUAAAAUUCGAUUACAUUGA